GAAUAACUAUCGUUUCUAUUUAUUGAUCCCAAAGUGCUGGCCUGGAUAAUGAUCAUCUCAACGGACACAACUCCAUGAGGAACUAUUCCCCAUUCUGUAUACAACGAAACAGUUUUUAAGCAACCCACCUGAGGUCAUUUACAUAAUGCAGACAACUAAAAUUUGAUUUCAGGUCUGUCUGACCCUAAAGGCCAAGUUCUACAAGAAUGCUCUGCUGCUUGUCUUGAAGCUCAUAUGUUAUUAUGGAUGCAUAUGUGUAGACCUCCAGCUUUAAGAGACAUUAUCAUAAAUUAAUACGCAUAUCCCCUACCUUUUGAUUUCUAUCUCCAGCCACCCCCCAAACACAAACACACAAAAGGAAUGGCCAGAGCCCCUCAUUGACUGCAAUGUGAAUAGCACCCCCUGGAGUUGCACAAAGCAGUGGUCCUGUUCUGGCUCAUCUUUUACUAAGAAACUGAGAGCAGCCAUCUAACACCUUCAAGCUCAAAGAGGAGCCUGACAGCUUAUAUGCUCAAGGGGACACACAUAGGACAGAGUAACACACAAAAACCUCAAAGACCUUAUUCAAAAUGCACAGCAGCCAGAGUUCAGAAGCUAACAAAUUAACCCAAGAGCUGAGUGCUGGGGUCAGGCUACGGGAGUCCAGUCUAGACGCCACAUCUUUCCAGGGUACUUGCCGUCACGCUGAAAUGAACCCCCGGCGCUCCUCCGUCUGCCAUGGCCACCCUUAACUCAUCCUCUACCACUGGCACCACCCCCACCCCUGGACACAAUGCCCCGUCUCCGCCUCCGGACACCUUCCCCCCUGGCACCCCCGCUGAUCCUGUCACCAAAGAUCCCCCUGCUGCCCCCUCCACCUCUGAGAGCAUGAGGCCCUCAGAGCCAGGGGGACAGGCCCUGGAGUCAGGCUGUGGCCUCGUCCCACCACAGGAGACUGGGGAGCCCCGAGAAGAGGCUGGCUGUGGUGGCUUCUCACCAAAGGACCUAGGAGUGCAAGAGGACAAGGAGCAGGAGGAGGAAGGAGGAGGGCUCCCUCCCGUGGACCUAAGCAACCAUUUAUUCUUCACAGCUGGUGGUGAGGCCUACCUAGUAGCCAAGCUGUCCCUGUCAGGUGGCAGUGAACUCCUGUUACCAAAGGGCUUCCCCUGGGGCGAGGUGGGAAUCAAGGAGGAGCCCAGCUUGACCCUCCUUGCCCACCUACCCUCUGCACACCUCACUGCCCUUCACAUCCAACAUGGCUUUGACCCAAUCCAAGGCUUUAGCUCUUCUGACCAAAUUCUGUCCCAUGAUACCUCAGCGCCAUCUCCGGCCACCUGUGAGGGAAGGGAUGGAGCCUUCUGGAGCUACCAGCUGGCUCCAAACCCACCCGGAGAUCCCAAAGAUGGCCCUAUGGGGAGCAGGGGAGGAGACCACAGGGCACUCUUCUGGCUCUGCCUCCUGUGCCGCCUGGGUUUCAGCAGGGCCCAGGCCUUUAUGGGUCACACACAGUCUCAUGGGGUGAAGCUAACCCCUGCUCAACAUCUGGGCCUGCCCAGUAAUGCAGCUGUGCUUCAGGUGGGAGAUGAGGGCCGCGUGGCCCUCCUAAGCUUUCUGGAACCAAAACCACCUGCUCGCCCCCCUUUAGAAAUGCCCCUUGAUAAUAGCAACAUGGUGAACACAGAGGCCAAUGUAGCCCAGACUGAGGAUGGUCCCCCUGAGGCAGAAGCUCCUGUCCUGCUUGCGGAAGAAGUCAGGGCACUUAGCCCACCCUCCCCUGCAACAACUCCCGCCACCUGGGACCCCAGCCCAACCCAAGCCAAAGAAUCGCCAAUGGCAGCUGGCGAGGCAGGGCCAGAUUGGUUCCCGGAGGGGCAAGAAGAGGAGGGAGGGCUCUGCCCCCCACUGAACCAAAGCUCACCUGCCUCUAAGGAGGGGGGCACUCUCUCUGCCCCAGUCGGCUCCCCCGAAGACCCCAGCGACCCACCCCAGCCCUACCGCCUAGCUGAAGACUACACCCCAGCCCCUGCGGCCUUCCAGGGCCUCAGCCUGUCCAGCCACAUGUCUCUGUUACACUCUCGCAACUCCUGCAAGACGCUCAAGUGUCCCAAGUGCAACUGGCACUACAAGUACCAGCAGACCCUGGACGUGCACAUGCGGGAAAAGCACCCGGAGAGCAAUAGCCACUGCAGCUACUGCAGUGCCGGGGGCGCCCACCCCCGCCUCGCCCGUGGAGAGAGCUACAACUGUGGCUACAAGCCCUACCGCUGCGAUGUCUGCAACUACUCCACCACCACCAAGGGCAACCUCAGCAUCCACAUGCAGUCUGACAAGCACCUGGCCAACCUGCAGGGCUUCCAGGCGGGCCCCGGUGGGCAGGGCAGCCCCCCUGAGGCGCCACUCCCGUCCUCUGCCGGGGACAAGGAGCCCAAGACCAAAUCAUCCUGGCAGUGCAAGGUGUGCAGCUACGAGACCAACAUCUCCCGCAACCUGCGCAUCCACAUGACCUCUGAGAAGCACAUGCAGAAUGUCCUCAUGCUGCACCAGGGGCUGCCGCUGGGCCUGCCGCCUGGACUGGUAGGGCCGGGGCCCCCUCCCCCGGCAGGAGCUGCCCCCGCCACCCCCCCUGAGCUCUUCCAGUACUUCGGACCGCAGGCCCUGGGGCAGCCUCAGGCUCCCUUGCCUGGCCCCGGGCUGAGGCCAGACAAGCCCCUGGAAGCCCAGCUGCUUCUCAACGGCUUCCACCACCUCGGAGCGCCUGCUCGCAAGUUCCCCCCACCAGCCCCUGGCAGCCUCUCCCCGGACACCCACCUGCCUCCAAGUCAGCUCCUGGGCUCCUUGUCUGACAGCCUGCCCACCUCACCACCCCCAGAUGAAAGCCCGUCCCUGAAGGUGUUCCGCUGCCUAGUGUGCCAGGCCUUCAGCACAGACAACCUGGAGCUGCUGCUCUACCACUGCAGCGUGGGCCGAAGCCUCCCGGAGGCCGAAUGGAAGGAGGUGGCCGGUGACACCCACCGCUGCAAGCUCUGCUGCUAUGGCACUCAGCUCAAGGCCAACUUUCAACUCCACCUCAAGACUGACAAACAUGCUCAAAAGUACCAGCUGGCAGCCCACCUGAGGGAGGGGGGUGGGGCCGUGGGCACCCCCUCCCCAGUGCCCCUGGGAGAUGGGGCUCCUUAUGGCUCCGUUCCCCCCUUGCACCUGCGCUGCAACAUCUGUGACUUUGAGUCCAACAGCAAGGAGAAGAUGCAGCUGCACGCCCGGGGCGCAGCCCAUGAAGAAAAUAGCCAGAUCUAUAAGUUUUUGCUGGAGAUGGAGGGGGCCGCGGCAGGGGCUGAGCUGGGGCUGUUCCGCUGCCUGCUGUGUGCGUGGGAGACCCCCUCCCGCCUGGCUGUGCUGCAGCACCUACGUGCACCGGCCCACCGCGACGCCCAGGCCCAGCGGCGUCUGCAGCUGCUGCAGAGUGGCCCCGCAGCCGAGGAAGGGCUCUCGGCUCUUCAGAGCAUCCUGAGCUUCAGCCAUGGGCAGCUCCGGACUCCCGGGAAGCCUCCUGUCACCCCCUUAGCUGAGCUGCCCACCCCUGAAAAAGACUCUCAGAACAAGACAGAGCAAUUGGCUUCUGAAGAGGUCGAGAACAAGUCUGGCUCUCGAGGAGACAGUGCCAACCAGACCACGGUAUUCUGCUGUCCAUACUGCAGCUUCCUGAGCCCCGAGCCCGAACAGGUGAGGGCUCACACCCUCUCCCAGCAUGCAGUGCAGCCCAAGUACAGGUGUCCGCUGUGCCAGGAGCAGCUGGUGGGCCGACCUGCCUUGCACUUCCACCUUAGCCACCUUCACAAUGUGGUGCCUGAGUGCGUUGAGAAGCUGCUGCUUGUGGCAACAACUGUAGAGAUGACCUUUACAACCAAAGUGCUGCCUGGGCCCACUCUAUGCCCACUGGGGGAUGCCCCAGAGCCCCCUGCUCCGGGGCCAGAGCCUGAACCCAGCAGAGAACAAGGAGCAGAAGGCCCUCAGCUGACCCCAGAAGCCAGUCCUGAUCCUCUUCCUGAGCCUCCCCCGCCCUUAGCUCAGGCCCCAGACAAGCCCCCAGGAAGCCCUGAUCAACCCCCAUCGCCAGCCUCUCGGCCUGAUGUCCUGGCGGAAGAAUUGGCCCCUCCACCCACCAUGGCUGAGGAGGAAGAGGGGCGUGUGGGGGAGCCCCGCCCUGCAGAGCCAGCUCCAUCUGACUCUCGCCACCCUCUGACCUAUCGGAAGACCACCAACUUUGCCCUGGACAAGUUUCUUGACCCUGCCCGGCCCUAUAAGUGCACUGUGUGUAAGGAGUCCUUCACACAGAAGAAUAUCCUUCUGGUCCAUUACAACUCUGUCUCCCACCUGCACAAGAUGAAGAAGGCUGCCAUUGACCCGUCCGGCCCUGCCCGAGGAGAGGCAGGUGCUGCGCCUCCCACUGCUGCUGGCACAGACAAGCCCUUUAAGUGCACUGUCUGCCGAGUCUCCUACAACCAGAGCUCCACCCUAGAGAUCCAUAUGCGCUCAGUUCUGCACCAGACUCGCUCUCGGGGGACCAAGACGGACACCAAGGCCGACGGGCCAGAGCGUGGCCAAGAAGAGCCCAAGGAGGGUGAGACUGAGGGGGAGACUGGCACUGAGAAGAAGGGCCCUGACCCUGGUGGCUUCGUAUCUGGGUUGCCCUUCCUGUCGCCUCCCCCACCCCCCUUGGACCUACACCGAUUCCCAGCACCCCUCUUCACCCCACCAGUCUUGCCCCCCUUCCCUCUGGUGCCGGAAUCACUGCUUAAGCUCCAGCAGCAACAGCUGCUCCUGCCCUUCUACCUCCAUGACCUCAAGGUGGGGCCCAAGCUGGCAUUGGCUGGGCCCACACCCCUGCUGUCUCUGCCAGCUGCCACUCCUCCUCCCCCACCCUCUAAGGCUGAGCUGGCUGAGCGGGAGUGGGAGCGGCCCCCCAUGGCAGAAGAGGGGAAUGAGGCGGGGCCCGCCUCGCCCCCCAACUCCACGCCUAAUGAAGCAGCCCGCACUGCAGCCAAAGCCCUUCUAGAAAACUUUGGCUUUGAGCUGGUGAUCCAGUACAACGAGGGGAAGCAGGCUGUGCCCCCUCCCCCGACCCCACCCCCACCAGAGGCCCUGGGGGGUGGAGACAAGCUGGCCUGUGGGGCCUGUGGGAAACUCUUCUCCAAUAUGCUUAUCCUCAAGACACAUGAGGAGCACGUCCACCGCCGAUUUCUGCCCUUUGAGGCCCUGAGCCGUUAUGCUGCUCAGUUUCGAAAGAGCUACGAUAGCCUAUACCCACCCCCUGCAGAGCCCCCCAAACCUCCUGAUGGGUCCCUGGAUUCACCAGCUCCCCAACUGGGCCCUCCCUUCCUGGUCCCAGAGUCUGAGGCAGGGGGGGCCCGUCCCUCUGAGGAGCGAAGCCGGGCAGGAGGACGCUGGCCACCAGAGGAGGAAGAAAGCUCCAGAGGGAAUCUGCCUCCCCUACUGCCUGCAGGCCGCAGGUUCUCCAGAACCAAGUUCACAGAGUUCCAGACCCAAGCCCUGCAGUCUUUCUUCGAGACCAGUGCCUACCCCAAGGACGGAGAAGUGGAGCGGCUUGCAAGUCUCUUGGGCCUGGCUACCCGUGUGGUAGUAGUGUGGUUCCAGAAUGCCCGCCAGAAAGCACGCAAAAAUGCCAUCGAGGGGGGGCCUGUGCCGACCGGAGGGGGCAGCGGGGGAGCCUCUGGCUGCAGGCGCUGCCAUGCCACCUUCUCUUGUGUUUUUGAGUUGGUGCGGCACCUCAAGAGAUGCUAUGAUGACCAGCCCCCUGAAGAGGAGGAGGAAGAGGCAGAGAGGGGGGAAGAAGAAGAAGAGGUAGAGGAGGAGGAUGCAGAGGAGGAACAGAGCCUGGAAACCCCCGCACGGCCCGGGGGCCCGUCACCUGAACCUGCAGACAGGGAAGAUCUGAGCCAAGCAGAGGCAACAAACCCAGGAGGCAAAGAGCCUGAAGGGAGGGCCCCUCCCUCGCCUUCCCCAGUCCACACUUGUGACCAGUGCACCAUGUCUUUCCCCAGCCAAGACCUCCUGACCAGUCACCGCCGGCUACACUUCCUGCCAUCCCUGCAGCCCGGUGCUGCACCCCACCUCCUAGAUCUGCCAUUGCUGGUGUUUGGGGAGCGAAGCCCCCUGGUGGCAGGUACUCCACCGGCCCCAGGGCCACUGCUGAAACGGAAGCAUGAGGAGGGCAGCCUGUCCCCAACGGGCAGUGAAGCAGGGGGUGGAGGGGAGGGCGAACCCCCCAGGGACAAGCGCCUACGUACCACUAUCCUGCCCGAGCAGCUGGAGAUCCUGUACCGUUGGUACAUGCAAGACUCCAACCCAACGCGCAAGAUGCUUGACUGCAUCUCCGAGGAGGUGGGACUCAAAAAGCGGGUGGUGCAGGUCUGGUUCCAGAACACCAGGGCCCGGGAGAGGAAAGGCCAGUUUCGAAGCACCCCUGGUGGGGUGCCCAAUUCAGCAGUCAAGCCCCCCAUCACUCCUGCCCCUGCAGCCUUCCCCAAGUUCAACCUCUUGUUGGGCAAGGUAGACGAUGGAUCUGGGAGGGAAGCCCCAAAGCGGGAAGCACCUGCUUUUCCCUACCCACCAGUUACUCCUGCUGCUGGGCCCCUGGCUUUCCUACCACCUGGGAAGGAGGCCACCACCCCAACACCAGAGCCACCUCUCCCACCUCCCCCUCCACCCAGUGAGGAAGAGGCUACAGAGGAACCUUCUAAAGCUUCACCAGAGAGCGAGGCUUGCAGUCCAUCUGCAGGGGAUCUCAGCGAUUCAUCUGCUUCCAGUCUGGCCGAACCAGAGUCUCCUGGGGCUGGGGGAAGCAGUGGAGGAACAGGAAGUGGGGUCGGGGUUCCAGAUGGAAUGGGGCAGCGGCGCUACAGGACCCAGAUGAGCAGCCUGCAGUUGAAGAUCAUGAAAGCCUGCUAUGAAGCCUACCGUACCCCAACCAUGCAGGAGUGCGAGGUGCUGGGGGAGGAGAUUGGGCUGCCCAAGAGAGUCAUCCAGGUCUGGUUCCAGAAUGCUCGUGCCAAGGAAAAGAAGGCCAAACUGCAGGGGGCGGCAGUUGGUGGGGCUGGGGGCAGCGGUGAGGGCCCCUUGGGAGCCCAGCGCACUGACUGCCCCUACUGUGACGUCAAGUAUGAUUUCUAUGUCUCCUGCCGAGGCCAUCUCUUUUCCCGCCAGCACCUGGCCAAGCUCAAAGAGGCAGUCCGAGCCCAACUGAAGAGUGAAAGCAAGUGCUACGAGUUGGCCCCAGCACCCGAGGCACCCCCGGCUCCCAAGGCCCCACCGGCCACCACACCUGCCCCUGUGCCCCUUGGGGCUGGCCCGGCCCUGCCUCGCCUGGCCCCGGUCCUCUUGUCUGGUCCAGCUCUGGCCCAACCCCCGCUGGGCAGCCUAGCUCCUUUCAAUUCAGGCCCUGCAGCCUCCUCGGGCCUCCUGAGCCUCGCCACUUCAGUCCUGCCUGCUACCACAGUGGUCCAGACUGCUGGCCCAGGCUGCCCCUUACCUCAGAGACCUGUGCCCGAACAAACUAACAACUCCACAGCAGGCACCAAUGACCCUGCCCCAGGCCCCCCUACUGAGCCCUCCGGGGACAAGGUCUCUGGUGAGCGCAAGCCAGUUGCAGCGCCCACCAACUCCUCCACUGACGCCCUCAAGAACCUCAAAGCACUGAAGGCUACAGUCCCAGCCCUGCUGGGGGGCCAAUUUCUGCCCUUCACAUUGCCCCCCACAGGGGGGGCAACACCACCAGCUGUCUUUGGCCCCCAGUUACAGGGGGCCUACUUCCAACAGCUCUAUGGCAUGAAGAAGGGGCUAUUUCCCAUGAACCCCGUGAUACCUCAGACCCUCAUCGGACUGCUCCCCAACGCCCUCCUCCAGCCACCACCCCAGCCCCCUGAGCCCACAGCCACAGCGCCUCCAAAGCCGCCCGAACUGCCUGCUCCAGGGGAGGGGGAGGCCGGGGAGGCGGAUGAGCUGCUGUCAGGCAGUACCGGCAUCUCCACCGUGGAUGUGACCCACCGCUAUCUGUGCCGCCAGUGCAAGAUGGCAUUUGAUGGGGAGGCCCUGGCCACGGCUCAUCAGAGAUCCUUCUGCUUCUUUGGGCGGGGCUCGGGGGGUUCUGUGCCCCCCCCACUGCGGGUGCCCAUCUGCACCUACCAUUGCCUGGCAUGUGAGGUGCUGCUGAGUGGGCACGAAGCCCUGGCCUCCCACCUGCGCUCCUCGGCCCACAGGCGCAAGGCGGCCCCACCCCCAGGGGGCCCACCCAUCACCGUCACCAACGCCGCCACUGCCGCCACGGCUGCCGUGGCUUUUGCCAAAGAGGAAGCAAGAUUACCUCACACGGACUCCAACCCAAAAACUACUACUACCUCUACACUUCUAGCUUUAUAAACAGACAAACCAAGAUGGGGGGGGGAGAGGGGAGGGCCUCAGGGCUCCCUCCCUUGCUCCAAGGGGUGUUCGGUGGGAGCUCAAAUCCCUCACCCCAACCCUCGGCUCCGCCCACCUCACGGGAAUCUUUAAAUUCCCACCCUCAGUGGGCUUCACACACCCCACCUCCAGCAGAGUCCUGCCUCCUCCCCUGCCCCCAGACACACACUGAUCCUCUGCGGCUCAUUGCCCAUCUUCACAGACACCCACUUUGUCAUCCUGAUGGUCCACUCAUCUCUGCCCUGCCCACCACACACAAGAUCUAUCCUUGAGUCCAUCUUCCUACAACCUUUUCCCCACUGAAUUCCCAGUCACCCUCCCCCCACAAAACACAGUCAACCCCCGCAAACACACAAGUACAUGUUAUCCCAUGCUGUUCUACUGACUGAGAAAACACCAAAAAAAAAAAAAAAAAAAAAAAAAAAAGGAAGAAGAAAAUAAAGAAAACCCAAGGCAAAGAAGGGGUAAGGAAAACAAACAUUGCUACUCCCACUUCUCCUUACGCCCUUGUCUAGAGCGUCACACAGCUCACAAACUUUCCAAAUACCCAGUUGGCUCCCAAGGUUGGAGCCUGGGACGGGCAGGGAGCCCACAAAACUCGAACCAAACUGGAGGCUGUGGCAGGGGGAGAAGCGCUUGCAGCUCACUCUCCCCACACCCCUCCCUCCUAACCCUCUCCUCGCCUGACAGGGGAGCCCCUGCGGCCUGGACUCUAGGGGAAGCCGCCGCCAGGAACCCCUCUGCCAACCCCCACCCUGCACCCUGGGAACUGCAGUAACUUAUUCUCAAAGGCUUUAAACACAGAGAUCCUCUCAGCAGCCGUGGGCCUGCCCCUUGUCCCAGCCCUGCCACGUGGGGGUCCAGCCUCCGGGACCGGCGCUGCCCACCAACGGCAAAUCCAAAGUUCUUUUAUUUAAAAAAAAAAAAAAAAAAAAAAAAAAAAAACUGAAACACACGACCAAAAAAAAAAAAAAAAAAAAACAGCGAGAGAGAGCACGGCGCACAUGUGCACGGGAGAGAGAUGGAGACAGAGGAAUGAACUAAAGUAAAACACAAGCUUGGAAAAUACAGAAAAAAAAAAACUGAAAAGUCUCCCAUCAAACAAGUGUUUUUUUCCUGUUUGUGUUACCUUCCCCUCCAUGUUGAGGGUUUCUUUAAACCACUGGUCUUUGGAAGA